UCACUUGCUCGCGCUCUUGCUCGCGCUCGUGCUCGCGCUCACUCUCACUCUCGUGCUCGCUCUCUUGCUCGCUCUCGCUCGCUCUCGCUCUCUCUCUCCUUCCUCCUCCGCCUCCUCUGCUCUUGGGCUAGAAUAUCUAUGGGUCGAAACGUGAUGCGAUGAAUCCGAGAGCGACCGAAACUAGGACCAGGAGUGGGGCGGAAGCGGCGGGACUCCUGGGCAUGGGGGCUUCACCACAAUAGAGGCAGCGCCCCCACCCGCCCCCGCUAGCUCCUCCGGAGUGGAGCCCCCAAACCCCUUAGGGAAAAGGAUGGCGGCGGCACCUACCCAGAUAGAAGCCGAGCUGUAUUACCUGAUCGCUAGAUUCUUGCAGUCCGGACCCUGCAACAAAUCCGCUCAGGUGCUAGUGCAGGAGCUCGAGGAGCAUCAGUUGAUUCCGCGCCGCUUAGACUGGGAGGGAAAAGAGCACCGAAGAAGCUUCGAGGAUCUGGUGGCAGCCAAUGCACACAUUCCUCCAGACUACCUCCUUAAAAUUUGUGAGCGGAUUGGCCCCUUACUAGAUAAGGAGAUCCCUCAGAGUGUUCCUGGGGUACAGACAUUACUGGGUGUUGGUCGGCAGUCUCUGUUACGGGAUGCCAAAGACUGUAAGAGUACACUAUGGAAUGGGUCUGCUUUUGCAGCUCUACAUAGAGGCAGACCUCCAGAACUACCUGUAAACUAUGUGAAACCUCCAAAUGUGGUGAAUAUCACCUCUGCCAGGCAAUUAACUGGAUGCAGUCGCUUCAGCCAUAUUUUCCCUUCAUCUGCUUACCAGCACAUUAAGAUGCAUAAGAGAAUUCUGGGGCACUUGUCAUCUGUCUACUGUGUAGCAUUUGACCGAAGUGGGAGAAGAAUUUUUACAGGUUCAGAUGACUGUUUGGUGAAAAUUUGGGCAACAGAUGAUGGACGUCUCCUUGCUACACUUCGAGGGCACUCUGCUGAAAUUUCUGACAUGGCUGUUAACUAUGAAAACACUCUUAUUGCUGCAGGCAGCUGUGAUAAGGUUGUAAGGGUGUGGUGUCUUCGAACUUGUGCACCAGUUGCAGUCCUUCAGGGACAUUCAGCUUCUAUUACUUCCAUACAGUUUUGUCCAUCAACUAAAGGCACAACCAGAUACCUCACUUCUACUGGUGCUGAUGGAACAAUCUGUUUCUGGCAAUGGCAUGUAAAAACAAUGAAGUUUAGAGAUCGCCCAGUGAAAUUUACUGAGAGAUCUAGACCUGGAGUUCAGAUAUCUUGUUCAUCUUUCAGUUCUGGUGGUAUGUUCAUUACAACAGGUAGCACUGACCAUGUGAUUAGAAUAUAUUAUUUGGGUUCUGAGAUCCCUGAGAAAAUUGCUGAAUUAGAAUCACAUACGGACAAAGUUGUUGCUGUUCAAUUCUGUAACAAUGGAGACAGUUUAAGAUUUGUUAGUGGAAGUAGAGAUGGAACAGCAAGAAUUUGGCAAUAUCAGCAACAAGAAUGGAAGAGUAUAGUGCUAGAUAUGGCUACUAAAAUGACUGGGAAUAAUUUGCAAUCUGGAGAAGACAAGGUCACUAAACUUAAAGUGACUAUGGUGGCCUGGGAUCGCUAUGACACCACAGUUAUUACUGCAGUGAACAAUUUCCUUUUGAAAGUAUGGAAUUCUGUCACAGGGCAACUUCUUCAUACUUUAUCUGGACAUGAUGAUGAAGUAUUUGUUUUGGAAGCACAUCCAUUUGAUCAGAGGAUUAUACUUUCAGCUGGUCAUGAUGGGAACAUUUUUAUUUGGGACCUUGACCGGGGGACCAAAAUUCGGAAUUAUUUUAACAUGAUUGAAGGCCAAGGCCAUGGUGCAGUGUUUGAUUGUAAAUUUUCACCAGAUGGAAACCAUUUUGCCUGCACAGAUUCUCAUGGGCAUUUGCUGCUUUUUGGUUUUGGAUGCAGUAAAUACUAUGAAAAGAUUCCAGAUCAGAUGUUCUUCCACACGGAUUAUCGACCUCUUAUCCGUGAUGCCAACAACUAUGUACUGGAUGAACAGACCCAACAAGCUCCUCACCUCAUGCCUCCACCAUUCUUGGUGGAUGUUGAUGGCAAUCCGCAUCCUACAAAAUUCCAAAGACUAGUACCAGGACGGGAAAAUUGUAAAGAUGAACAACUUAUACCACAGCUGGGAUAUGUGGCUAAUGGUGAUGGUGAAGUGGUAGAACAAGUAAUUGGGCAACAAACCAAUGACCAAGAUGAGAGCAUUCUUGAUGGAAUAAUCAGGGAGCUACAGAGAGAACAAGAUCUGAGACUAAUUAAUGAAGGAGAUAUUCCACAUAUUCCAAUUAAUAGAUCAUAUUCUGCUAAUGGUGCUCUGAGAAGUCCAAAUAUGGACGUAUCUUCUUCCCCAAAUAUUGGGCUUCGACGUAGUGGUCAAAUUGAAGGUGUCCGACAAAUGCAUAACAAUGCUCCUCGGAGUCAGAUGGCCACUGAACGAGAUCUCAUGGCAUGGAGCAGAAGAGUGGUGGUCAAUGAACUAAAUACUGGAGUUAGUAGGGUUCAGGAAGAAUGUCGAAUUGCAAAAGGUGACAUAGAAAUCAGUCUUUAUACAGUUGAAAAAAAGAAAAAACCAUCUUAUACUACCCAAAGGAAUGAUUAUCAGCCUAGCUAUGGGCGGUCUUUACGAAGGACACAGCGCAAGCGUCAGCAUACUUACCAAACACGGUCCAAUAUAGAACAUAAUUCACAAGCAUCUUGUCAAACUUCAGGUGUACAGGAAGACUCAGACAGCUCCUCAGAGGAAGAUGAAACCAUUGGCACAAGUGAUGCGUCUGUAGAGGAUCCUGUUAUUGAAUGGCAAAGUGAAAGCUCUUCCAGUGAUUCAUCAAGUGAAUACUCUGAUUGGACAGCAGAUGCUGGAAUAAAUUUGCAACCUCCAAAAAGACAAACGAGACAGGCAACACGUAAAAUAUGCAGCAGCUCUGAGGAGGAGAAUUUGAAGUCACUAGAAGACAGGCAAAAGAAACCUAAACAAACUAGAAAGAAGAAAGGAGGACUGCUUUCUAUGGCAGGUGAACCCAAUGAAGAAUGGUUUGCCCCUCAGUGGAUUUUGGAUACCAUACCACGACGUUCCCCAUUUGUCCCACAGAUGGGAGAUGAGCUUAUCUAUUUCAGGCAAGGACAUGAAGCUUAUGUGCGGGCUGUAAGGAAGUCAAAAAUAUACAGCCUUAAUUUACAAAAACAGCCAUGGAAUAAAAUGGAUCUCAGGGAACAAGAGUUUGUUAAGAUUGUAGGAAUCAAAUAUGAGGUUGGACCACCUACACUGUGUUGCUUGAAGCUUGCAUUUCUGGACCCCAUUUCAGGCAAAAUGACUGGAGAAUCUUUUUCCAUUAAGUAUCAUGACAUGCCAGAUGUCAUUGACUUCCUUGUGCUACAUCAGUUUUAUAAUGAAGCCAAAGAAAGGAACUGGCAGAUUGGUGAUAGAUUCCGCAGUAUAAUUGAUGAUGCCUGGUGGUUUGGGACUGUGGAGAGUCAGCAACCUUUUCAACCAGAGUAUCCUGAUAGUUCUUUCCAGUGCUACAGUGUUCACUGGGACAAUAAUGAGAGAGAAAAGAUGAGCCCCUGGGAUAUGGAGCCAAUUCCAGAAGGAACUGCCUUUCCAGAUGAAGUUGGUGCUGGUGUUCCUGUGUCCCAGGAGGAACUGACUGCUUUGCUAUACAAACCCCAGGAAGGAGAGUGGGGGGCUCACUCCAGAGAUGAGGAAUGUGAACGGGUUAUUCAGGGCAUCAACCACCUUCUGUCCCUGGAUUUUGCCAGCCCUUUUGCUGUUCCAGUGGAUCUCAGUGCCUAUCCCUUGUAUUGUACAGUAGUUGCUUAUCCAACUGACCUCAACACCAUCAGGCGGAGACUUGAAAAUCGCUUUUACAGGAGAAUAUCAGCAUUAAUGUGGGAGGUUCGCUACAUUGAGCAUAAUGCCAGGACUUUCAAUGAGCCAGAUAGUCCUAUAGUUAAAGCAGCCAAAAUUGUAACGGAUGUCUUACUUCGAUUUAUUGGGGAUCAGAGCUGUACUGAUAUAUUGGAUACUUACAAUAAAAUUAAAGCAGAAGAACUAAACAGCACUGAUGCAGAAGAGGAUACAGAAAUGGUUGAUUUAGAUUCAGAUGGUCCUGGUACUUCAUCUGGAAGAAUGGUCAAAUGCCGAGGCAGAAGACAGUCUUUGAAGUGUAAUCCUGAUGCUUGGAGAAAACAAUGCAAAGAACUGUUGAGCCUCAUUUAUGAACGUGAAGACUCAGAGCCAUUUCGACAGCCAGCUGAUCAUCUUUCUUACCCAGGCCAUCAGGAGCAAGACGGAGAAUCCUCAGAAUCAGUUGUUCCAGAAAGACAACAAGAGCCAUCUGUUUCUGAGGAUAAUUCAGAUGUUAUAGACACUCCUAUGGACUUCAGCACUGUGAAAGAAACUUUGGAAGCAGGAAAUUAUGGUAGUCCUCUGGAAUUUUAUAAGGACGUUCGCCAAAUAUUCAGCAACUCCAAAGCUUAUACCUCUAAUAAAAAGUCAAGGAUCUAUAGCAUGACACUGCGAUUAUCUGCCUUAUUUGAAAGUCAUAUUAAAAAUAUCAUCUCUGAAUAUAAGUCAGGAAUCCAGAGUCAGAAGAGGAGGAGGCCACGGUACAGAAAACGUCCAAGAAGCAGCAGCAGUUCGUUGUCUAGUAGCAGAGCUCCUAGUCCAAAAGGAAAACAGAAACAAAUGAAGUUGCAGCCUAAAAAUGACCAGAAUACCUCAGUGUCUUAUGUCAGGACUAGCUCUCCUUUCUCAUCUCCUGUUUCAGAUGCUGCUGAAGGCCUUUCAUUAUAUUUACUUGAUGAUGAACUGGAUGGGCCGUUUUCUUCAUCGAGCUUCAGUGGUUAUAGCCGAAGUGGAAAUAGCCAUGACCCAGGGAAGGCCAAAUCAUUUCGGAAUAGAGUUUUACCAAUUAAACAAGAUCACUCCCUUGAUGGACCCCUUACAAAUGGUGAUGGCAGAGAGCCUCGGACAGGAAUCAAAAGAAAACUACUUAGUGCAUCAGAAGAAGAUGAAAGCAUGGGAAGAGAAGAGAAAGAGAAAAAAGAAACAAAAGAGAAAUCACAUUUAUCCUCCUCAGAGAGUGGAGAGUUAGGAUCCAGUUUGAGUUCUGAAAGUACCUGUGGUUCUGAUUCUGAUUCUGAAUCAACUUCCAGAACAGAUCAAGAUUAUGUAGAUGGAGACCACGACUAUAGCAAAUUCAUACAAACCAGGCCUAAAAGAAAACUCAGAAAGCAAUAUGCCAAUGGAAAAAGAAACUGGAAGACAAGAGGCACAGGAGGAAGGGGCAGAUGGGGCAGAUGGGGUAGAUGGAGUAGAGGAGGCCGAGGAAGAGGAGGCAGGGGACGAGGAGGUCGAGGAAGAGGUGCAGGUGCCACUAGAGGGAGAGGGAGAGGGAGAGGAGGAAGAGGUACUUCUAGAGGAGCCACCAGAGCCAAACGUGCACGUAUUGCAGAUGAUGAAUUUGAUACCAUGUUUUCAGGACGUUUCAGUAGACUGCCUCGAAUUAAAACAAGAAACCAAGGCAGGAGGACUGUUUUAUAUAAUGAUGAUUCUGAUAAUGACAAUUUUGUGUCCACUGAAGAUCCUCUGAAUCUUGGUACAUCCAGAUCAGGCAGAGUGCGUAAAAUGACAGAAAAAGCCAGGGUUAGCCAUCUCAUGGGAUGGAAUUAUUAACAGUUAAUAAAUUUAGAGUAAUUUAAAAAAAAUUAAAUGGCCUUCUACUGCAGGGAAUUUACUAGGAAAUCUACAAAGCAAGUUGUGUGGGGACUUCUGCUUCCUUUCACAUUGGUGCUUUUCCAUUAUGCCAGUAUACAUUUUUUUCAAGACUUUUGAUCUCCACACUUCAUUUAUUCAAACAAGCCUUACUUAU